AUGUCGUCAAAACAGCCGCUAUCGGUCGCAGAGAUUCUCGCAAAGCAAAAGCAAGAGUCGGUGCUCAAGCCGCGUUUUCUGUCAAAAGCAGAGCGUGCUGCUAAAGCGCAACAAGAGCAGGAGGAGCAAGAACGGCAACGUGCGCAAAAGCAGGCGCAAGAACGACAGCAACGACUGGAAUUCGAACACAAGGCAGCUCGGUCUGCUGCUUCGUCGUCAAGAGCAACAACUCGUUCGUCGGAGAGGGGAGGGGAUCGAUACCGCCACGACAAGGGCGAUCUGGAUUAUGGUAGCGCGGAUGCAACCGCAGACGAACGCAGGAGGAGGAUCCAAGCCGAUGGCAGAGAUUUAAACGGAGACCGUCAUCGCAACGGCCACUCACACGUAUCAAUUCCGACCCGAGACUCUACUGCUCUGGACAGUGGCGCAUCACUGACCGAAUCCGAACAGGCCUCGAUCCGGCGUCGAUACCUCGGGCUCAAGGAUGACAAGAAGAAGCCCAAGCGCAAACCCACCGACAAAAAGUUCGUCUUUGAAUGGGGGGAAGAAGACGAUACCGCCACCGAAUCCCUCGUGGCUCAGAUUCAAUCCGAAACCAAUCCUACGACAACGCGCCAUGAUCCGCUCGACCGACGCUUCGACGACAAGCACUGGACCGAAAAGACGCUCGAGCAGAUGAAGGAGCGCGACUGGCGUAUCUUCCGCGAAGACUUUGGCAUCUCGGCACGCGGCGGCAACAUCCCCAAGCCGUUACGGUCGUGGCGCGAAUCCUCCAUCCCCGCUUCGAUCCUCAGCACCAUCGAAGAAGUCGGAUACAAGGAGCCCUCGCCCAUCCAGCGCCAAGCCAUCCCCAUCGGUUUGCAAAACCGCGAUCUGAUCGGCAUCGCUGAGACUGGCUCGGGCAAAACUGCGUCUUUCCUCAUACCUAUGCUGUCAUACAUCUCGAAGCUGCCCAAGCUCAACGAGCAGACAAAAGCGCUAGGCCCGCAGGCGCUGAUCCUCGUGCCCACGCGAGAGCUGGCGCAGCAGAUCGAGACGGAAACCAACAAGUUUGUCGGGCGGCUGGGGCUGAGGUGUGUGUCCAUCGUCGGUGGACACGACAUGAACGACCAGGCGUAUGCUUUGCGCGAUGGUGCCGAGAUCGUGAUUGCGACGCCAGGACGGUUGAAGGAUUGUAUCGAGCGGCAUGUGCUGGUGCUCAGCCAGUGUACGUAUGUGGUGAUGGACGAGGCGGACAAGAUGGUGGAUAUGGGCUUUGAGCCACAGGUCAAUUUCAUCCUCGAUUCGCUGCCCGUGAGCAAUCUCAAGCCGGAUUCGGAGGUGGCCGAGGAUCCGCUUUCGAGCGAGCACACAGUGGGGAGGUACAGGGUGACCAUGCUGUACUCUGCCACCAUGCCGCCCUCGGUUGAACGCAUGGCGCGCGUGUACCUGCGCCGGCCGGCAACCAUCACCAUCGGCGAUGCAGGGCAGGCGGUGGCGACCGUCGAGCAGAUUGUCGAAUUCGUCCCCAGCGAGGAAACGCGCCGCUCUCGCCUCAUCUCGAUCCUUCAGCGUUCCGCGCAUCUCGUGCCGAUCAUCGUCUUUGUCAACCAGAAGAAAGCGGCGGACCAAUUGUCGUCUUUGCUCUCACGCCAAGGAUUCUACGUCUCGACCCUGCACUCUGGCAAGACGCAGGAGUUGCGCGAAGAAGCGCUCGCCGCGCUGCGUGCUGGGCAGACGCAGAUCCUCGUCGCCACCGACCUGGCCGGCCGCGGUAUCGACGUCCCCAACGUAGGCCUCGUGGUCAACUUUGCCAUGCCCAACAACAUCGAAGCGUACGUCCACCGCAUCGGCAGGACGGGCCGAGCGGGCAAAAAGGGCACCGCCAUCACAUUUGUAGACCAGACCGACGCCGAUCUCUUCUGGGACCUCAAGCAGGAGUUGACCAAGUCGAAACUCAGCAGUGUGCCCGCUCAAUUGGCGCGACAUCCCGCAGCUCAGCACAAGCCGGUCAAGGACGCGGGUAAGAGGAAGCGGGACAGAGAGGAUGAGGGCUAG